UGGAGCUCCUAUCAGAGCUGCCCUGAGGGAGGGGAAAUGGUUGAAGGCUCAGUCUGUAAGUUACGGAGAGGUUGCAGCGGGCGGCUACGCAGGGAAACACCAUUUGCCAAGCGGCACUUUGUUCAUUUCUGCAAUUCGAACAGAACAUUUCCGGCAGGCUGGGGCACUUUUCGGAGCCAUCAACAAUAACCAAUUCAGCCUCUGCCUACUAACAUGGCCACACACACAACUUGACAAGACUGAAUUUGUACCAACACACACAGGAUGGAUGGGAUUGGCAAGUUAUGUUCUUAACACCUCCUUGGACCUGCCAAGCAUUGGUAAAACAAAUAUAUAUAUGGCUGAGAUGGUGAAGAUGAGUUCGACUGGCCUAUUAAUAUUUUCACAAAUAAUCACGGAUUUGCCAUCUGUACAGACUUGAAACUUAAGUAAUAUUGAAUCUUAAAUACUUACUGUGACUCAACUUUAUUGCACAGUAGAAUUUAUCACUGUUUUGACUAUGAUUUUCUAAUUCCAACAUCAUGGAAGUGGAGGGGAGCCAGAAUGCCACCACUUCAUCUGAGAACAGGACAGUACUCUCCACAGUCCUGAUUGGAUUGGUAUUAGGAGUGAUUGUAAUAAUAACCAUCUUUGGGAAUGUGCUGGUGUGCCUAGCAGUUGGAUUGAACCGUAAACUCCAGAACCACACAAACUGUUUCAUUGUGUCCCUGGCUGCAACAGAUCUGCUGCUGGGUUUGCUAGUCUUGCCAUUCUCAGCUAUCUCAGAGCUGUUUGAAUGGCCAUUUGGGGACACCUUCUGCAACAUUUACACCAGCUUGGAUGUCAUGCUGUGUACAGCUUCCAUCCUCAAUCUUUUCAUGAUCAGCCUGGACCGCUACUAUGCUGUGACAGCUCCACUGAGGUAUGCCGUGUUUAUUACUCGCAACAGAGUUGUCAUCUCCCUUGGUCUGAUCUGGUGCAUUUCAAUCAUGGUCUCCUUCUUGCCUAUCAACUUAGGUUGGAAUACCAAAGAUUUAUCAGUGCAAAGCUUAGCCAAUACCAAUCAAUGCCACUUAGAGCUCAAUAAAGUGUAUGCCCUCAUAGAUGCUUUCAUCACCUUCUACAUCCCUUUACCCAUCAUGUGCCUGACUUAUUAUCGAAUAUUCAAAAUCGCAAGGGAACAAGCCAAACGAAUCAACACCGUCACUGGAUGCACAGCACUGAACCGAUCACUGCCAACUGUGAAGGAGCAUAAAGCAACUGUAACACUAGCAAUAGUGAUGGGGGUCUUCAUCAUUUGUUGGUUCCCUUAUUUCACAGUAUUUACCCAUGAAGGAAUUUCAGGCAGACAGGCCAACAAGACUGUCUUUGCUGUGGUCCUGUGGUUGGGUUAUGUUAACUCAGCCCUGAACCCCAUUCUUUAUGCCACCCUCAACCGGGAUUUCCGCAAGGCAUAUGAAAAGCUACUGUGCUGCAAGAAGAGGAACUCAUACCAUAAAGACCCACCUGACAAGCCUCUGAGCUGCCGGCCGCUACACAAUGGGGACCCGAGGAAUGAACGGUGCCACCAACUAGGUCCAGAUAUGGAAGAGAAUGAGCUUACUUCAGAAGACAGGAAUGGUGAAAAUGUUGCUACCUACAAGGAGGAUUCAGAAAGAAAUCUUGUCACUUCUUGUGGAAGGUCAGCAGAGAUGAUCUCUUACUGCAGAAACUUAUGGGUGACAAAGGUCCGAUUGAUGAAAAACCUGUGGGCUCCUGAAUUUGAAGAGACUGAAGUAGAACCGAUGAAACCCGAAAGGAUUUUUGGACCUUGAGCACUGAACUACCUAGUCUUCAAUUUACAGUGUUACUGUACAGGCAAUGAAUGUGCAAUAUUGAUUAGUCUACUGAAAACUACCUUCAUGUGAUUCUCAUGUCAAGACUCAUAUAAGUGUUUUAGAGUUUUUUUUAAAAGAAAUUUCAUAGUUUACAUGUGAAUCUGAGAGUUAAUUCUUAAACUUGCUCUCAUAUUAUAAAUUGAAUUUCUGAUGUUGAUAUUUCUAAGUGAUUAUGAAUAAUAUAUGUAAGGCAUUAGAUUAAUGGGAAUAAAUCAUACACCCUGAGCAGUAUUAGUGUCUUGAUCUAAUUAUGCAAUAAAACAGAAGUUGUUUUUCUGUAUGCUGUAAAGGCAUGAACCCAUGUUGGAAAGUCCAAGAUUUGCAUACUUCUCUUUUUCUGUAUCCGUACUAGUGGACCCAGUUAAGCAAUACUGUAAUGAAUGAGUCAUGAGUGAAUCAAGAACUCUGUGAGCCAGAUUAUUUGGUAAUAACACAGCAGCUAUACUGCAAUGCUGAAAUUAAACUAAUAAUAACUGUCAAUGUGUUCCUUGUUCACAGACACUAUUUAGCUUAUAAUAUGGGUAACCACACAAGUUCAGGAUCCAAUAGAAGAAAGCUUGAAAUGAAAUACCAACCUCAUCUGAUACAAUGUACAAAAAUAAGAAGAGGUAAAUGUGAUGGUGAAACCUUUGUAGCAAGAUAUUAUACGAUGCGGACUAUUCCAGCCAUUAAGAAGACUAAUAGUGGGAUUAGGCACUUUGCCAAAAGGUCAGAAAAACAACAAGCAAGUUAUUGCACACCACUCUCAAACCUACCUAAUGAUCAACCUCAAGUUGAACAGAUUGGUGGAUGGUUAAUGCAUGGUGUUAAGGAGAUAGAAUGUUGAUUUGUUUUCUAUGAAAGUCCUACAUGGCCUUGUGACCUUGCUGCUCUGUAUUUCUGGGGGGGGUGGGGUUAGGAUGGAAAUGUUUACCAGAUAGAUGCUCUUCUGAUGAGGGGUUGGUUAGCUCUGUUGGUUGAUGGCUGGUUUAUUAUGCAGUGCGACGCCAAUAGUAUGGAUUCAGUAGCUGCUGAAAUUGCUAUGAAAGGCUCUCCUUGCCUGUAGUGUCAUGGCCUUCAGGUUGAACCACCAUCUCUCUCGAAUGGAAGAGCAGUUCUGUGGUCUACUAGGGCUAUAGUGACUUUACUUUUACUUCUGA